AUGGGGAUAUUGUGGUCCAAAACGUCUAAGGGGUUGAAGAAUGUCAACGCUUACCACCGAGCACAUAAGGUUGUAAAUCAAGAAAAACCGAAAAUUGCACCAAGACAUCCCAGAACUAAGAAACUGUUAGAAGAGUUUGCAACAGAAAACCCUCAGAUUUUAAAUGACCAGCAGGUAAAAAAUGUUGGUUUAUUGGAGAAGUUAAAAGAUGUAAAGGUUGAUUCAUAUGGCCCACCUGCUGAGAUCAAAUCGGCUCGAAAAUUACCUGAAACUAGAAGUGCACUAAAAGAUUAUGAAUAUGGCAUAAGAGAACCGGAUAAAAUUCCUGAAGGAAAAGUUACUUUAAGACUAGUGCAUAAAAUGCUCAUUGCUUACCAAGUAUCCCCAGAUGAACAAACUAUUUCGAAACUUUCCAAAGAAUAUAAAUUGGAUGAGAAAACUUUACAGCAAGUUUUGGUUCAUUUUAAGGCAAUGAAUUUACAUAUACCU